UUACUGAUACAAACUUAUUUCAAAAUGAUAUUGUUAAACUUAAUAAAAUACCAUUGUAUGCACACAGUUUCGAUUCUAUAAUUGACAAACCUAUCACCAUAUUCCCUCGGUAUUCAGAUUGUAAUAUCUUAAACCAAGCCAUGAUAAAAUCCAUUGUGAAUGGUCUCGGGUCGAACUUAACUAAAAUAUAUACAGAUGGGUCAAAAACGGAGCUAAAUACAGGUUCGGCAUUUUUUGUUUCAAACAUAAAUCAUAUUGAAAAGUACAGAAUCUCAAAUUAUUGUUCUAUUUUUACCGCCGAGUCCUUUGCUAUUGAAAAGGCACUAAAAUGGUGUGCAACUCAAACAUGCACGAAUGUGGCAAUAAUUUCAGACUCAAAAUCAGCAUUACAAGCUAUUAGCGGUCACCCAAUAAACCAAUUCCGAAAUGCCUUAAUUUUGAACAUUAAAAAAUUAAUUAUGGAUCUUAAACAAAAUAAUGUAACUGUUUCGUUUAUUUGGACGAAAGGACAUUGCGGAGUCGAAGGUAAUGAAAUUGCGGAUAUAGCCGCAAAAAGUAGUCACAGUUGCCACCAUAUUGACAAAGUAUUUAAUUUAAAAGAUUUGAAUAAUGCUCUCAAACCUAAUAUCAGAAGGAAAUGGGAAACUGAUUACAAAAGAAUUGCAAGUAAAUCUACAAACCAUUAUUUCAGAAUUCACCCUACACUUCCAAAAAACCUUCCUCAUUUCACCUUUAAUUAUAAUAGAGCACACAUGUCAGUAUUGACUCGUUUAAAAUUGAACCAUGCUCGCUUUCCAUCUCACUUAUAUAAAAUUGGAAUACUUAACUCCCCUGUCUGUAGUUGUGACAAUAUAUCCAUUGGUGAUCUAAAUAAUAUAUUUCUAGAAUGUUCUCUGAACUCUCAAUCUUCUUCAAUUCUGUAUCAAGAACUAAUUCAUCACGAGUGUCCAUUGCCACUAAAUAUUACAGCUCUCCUUUCUUCCUCAGAUAAAGCGGUACUAGAUUCCAUCAUUAAUUUUAUCAGAAAUUCAAAAAUAGCGGUAUAGUUUAGAAAUAGACAAUAUGAAAUCAUUUAAUGUAAUUAAGAAUUUACAUGUUUUGUGGCAAAUAGAUUUUGUCUGAUGCCAGGAUCUCACACACACACA